AUGAAAGAAGAAAAAAAUGUAAACCACACCACAACAGGCAAUCUCAGCACGACACCACCAACCAUGCCAUUAAUCUUAUUCACUGGGUACCCCAGUAGUGGGAAAACUACCAUGGCAAGAAGACUCGCCGACUUGCUACAACAAAAGAUAGAUUCCACUCCCGCAUUAACCUCCAAGAAAUUUUCCAUCAUUUACCAUUCUGAUGAAUCGCUCGGCAUCGAACAUAACGAUUACAUUACUUCGCAGGAUGAAAGAAAAUUAAGAUCCAAGAUCACCUCCGCUGUGAAGAGAGAUCUAUCGAAAUCAAAUAUAGUCAUCGUAGACUCAUUGAAUUAUAUCAAGGGGUUCCGCUAUCAAUUACAUUGUGAAGUGAAAAAUUUAUCAACAACUUUCUGUCUCAUUCAAAUAAUGUGUCCCUAUGAAACCAUCCAAAAAUGGAAUAAGACCUGGGACCCCGUACUAUUGAAACAACUUAUUCAAAGAUAUGAAGAACCAAAUCCACAAAAUAGAUGGGAUGCUCCAUUGUUCCCCAUCCUGGCAACAACAGAUUCCAUCGAUGAUCAUUUCAAUGAUAUUUGUAACGCCAUCUUCAAGACUUCAACAAAUUCAAACGGGAAUAAGAAUAUUGACCCGCUGGGGAAUUCACUUAAUAAACCAAAUUCUGUCACCAUCUUGAAACCUGCAUCAAAGGCAAAUUUUAUUCAAAUAUUGGAUUCAGAAACUGCUAAAGUGAUCAAGAUUAUAAUGAACCACUUGAAACAAAUGGAUUCCAUGGGUUCUUCCCUCUCUGCCGGCAAUACAAGAAUAAUAGUCUCUGAGGGAAUCACCGAUAUUAAUGAUGAAAGAUGCGUUUAUGUCGAUUUACCAAUGUCAAACGUUAAUUUGGCUAAAUUACAAAGGUUUAAGAGACAAUUCGUAGCAUUGAAUAAAUUAAGAGAUAUGGAUCAAGAUAGAAUUGUACCAUUAUUUGCCGACUAUCUAAAUAGAUAUUUAAAUGAAUAG